AUUUAUGUAUUUAUUUAUUUAUUUAUGCAGUGUCGUUUUGUGUUAGAAAACUGCCCCAAUGCUUUGAAAUUGUCUAAGCUGUCGCUUAUUUAUUUGUUUAUUUAUUUAUUAAACCUCUUAUUCGAUUUCAAGGAGGUCCUGUUACCACAGCAACGGCAGUAAUCAUACCCCUUUUACAAAAUAAAAAAAUAUAAUAAAUGAUCAACAAAUGCAUUUCGAAAAUAAAAGUACCAAGAUACAAACACUAUUUGGCUAUUGUAUUUUCCUAACCCCAAAGUUUCGCAUAGGAAAUAGGCACUGUAAUCAUUUUGCAUUUUAUUUUGCCAUUAUCCUUUUAAACUUUGUGUUUUGCAGUGUUUGUACCAGUUUUUACAUUGGUUUUAUAUCGUCUAGUUUGAUCUCUUCUUUUACUAGAGUUUACUAAAGUUUUCUAAGCUUUUACCAUGGUAGACCACAGUAAAACUUACAAUUUUAACAACUUAUAACAACCCCAAAUAAAAAGCUUAGUUCUGUCCCCCCAAAAAAAGAACAAAAAAAACAUAAUAUGCAGUGCAAUAGUUUGUACCAUAGUCUUUUUUCUGACUGUAUAGAAACAGUACACUAUUAAGAUGUAGUCUUCUGCAGCUAACUGGCCAUUCAUGGUUGACCUGAGCCUCCAAUAAUAGGGUCCUCGUUAGAGAUAAGGCAGCUAUAGUUAAGACAGUGGGGCUAAAGAGAGUUAUUGUCCUUCAGCUGCAAGCUUGAAUGCAUUCUAUUUGCCAGAGCUCAGGAAAGACCACCUGUAUGUAGCAAAAUUGUCACUAUGUAAACGCACUGGAUUUCCCAAGAGAGGGAGGGACAGGAAGUGUCUUGAUCCAUAGGUGUUUAACGAUGUGCGCAACACUGGGAGAUGAGAGAUGCAUGAAAGCUCUAUAUAAAUGAAGGCUCACCCUGUCUUCUGUAAUCAGUCUAACUGCAGCCACUGUUCCUGGAUCCUUUACUCUUCAUCCAAGAAGGAAUUGCCCUUAAACCCUAGUUAAAUCUUAUUUUCCAGAGCAGCCCGGGAGAAAAUAAGACUUACAGCUAGGCUACGGCCAUGGGUUCAUUUGUAAACACAAAGGUAUUGGAUCUUAUAAUUAUAAUUGAUUCUAGACCUAAUGUAGUGACUUUGAUUUACAGCAGCUCCCAUUUAUGCUUCAAGUUCUCAUCUGCUUGUUGGUGUCAUGCCCAGCUUUGCCUCACCAUGUUUUAACAUAAUCUUAUAAUAAUCUUUUUUUUUUUUAUUCAUAGAAUCCAUCAUUUGAAAACUGGUUAAUUCUCAAAUUUAAAAAGGUACCAGAUCUGGGAUCUGGUGCGAUCCGGUACACAUAUGAACCCUUAGCUAGGACCCAUUCUAGUCCUGGAAUCCACCUGUCUGAUUUCAGUUUGGGAUCCAUCUAUGUUGGAAAGCAGGUAACAAACUGCUUGUGAUUUUCUGGAGCAGGCAGUGGAGUGUAGUGCAUUUGUCCCCGGAGCGCGAUGGAUCCGAAGAAGGACCUGGACAAGCAGCUGGUGAUCGACGAGCUGCCAAGGAGCUUCAGAGACACGCUCUGCUGCAAGGUGAUGACGGCAGCCAUCAUCCUGAUUGUCAUAGCCGUCGCCACCUUCAUCGGCAUUGUGAUUGCGUACGUGGCUAAACAGCAACUCAGUUACUCUGAGACCGUGGAGCUGAGAGGCAUCGCGUACGCUCCCAGUUUACAGGACGAGACGUCGACGUAUUCUGUUGUCCUUUCAUCGGCGCUGAGGAGAAAGAUAAGAAACAUCUUCUUGGCUUCAUCGGUGGCAGAGUACUAUGUUGAUACAGACAUGCUACAGUAUGGCGACAAUAACGGCAGUGUGGCGGCUUCCUUCCGGCUAAUCUUCAGUGUGGACAGGGUGCACGCUUUCUCCAGGCUCUUUGCCCAGGAUACCCUGCGAUUGGGCCUGGACUCCUCUCUCCGGGAGCAGCCCUUGGGGGUCUUACAAUUUGGGGAGAUCACCUCCGCCAUCCUACUGGGAGUGAGCGGAAAGUCUUUCUUUAAUAUAGGGAGCUCAGAAAACUGCCCUGUCAGCACCUUCACCUGCCAGAACAGCGAGUGUGUCCUAAAGAUGAACCCUGAGUGUGAUUACAAAGCCGACUGUGCUGAUGGGUCUGAUGAGUCCGACUGCAAGUGUGGUACCAGGCCCGCCAUGUCCAGCCGGAUUGUGGGGGGCAUCGACGCUGAGCGAGGGGAGUUCCCCUGGCAAGUGAGUCUGAGGCAGAAAGGAUACCACAUGUGCGGGGCCUCUGUCCUCAACAGGAGGUGGAUCGUCACUGCGGCUCACUGUUUCGAAAGGUUUGAUGACCCCAAGAGCUGGAAGGCCCUGUUUGGGACAAACCUGGCCACGGGCACAGAGUCCGGCGCGGUGGAGUUGCGCAUCAAAACCAUCAUCAGCCACCCCCAGUACAACAGCCAGACCUCGGACUAUGACGUCGCCAUGCUGGAACUGGAGACCCCGCUGACCUUGGGGACCCUCAUCCAGCCUGUGUGCCUGCCCUCCCCCUCGCACAGCUUCCCCCCGGGCAAGCGCUGCACCGUGAGCGGCUGGGGGCAGCUCAGAGAGGACAACGACCACUUGCCCAACUCUCUCCAGAAGGCGGUCGUGGCCAUCAUCGACACAGCACUCUGCAACGCUCCCUCUGCCUACAGCGGCUCCAUCACCGACCGCAUGCUGUGCGCAGGCUUCAUGGAGGGCAAGAUCGACUCCUGCCAGGGUGAUUCGGGUGGCCCCCUGGUUUGUGAAGAGGCUCCGGGUCGCUUCUUCCUGGCUGGCAUUGUGAGCUGGGGAAUGGGCUGUGCCGAGGUCAACAACCCAGGGGUCUACUCCAGAGUAACAUAUUUGAGAAGCUGGAUGCUCAGCCAUAGUAACCAAACAGAAAUCAAUUCGACACCAACAUUUACUGCAGCGACUGCCACUACUGCCACUACUGCCACUACUACCACUACCACUCCAACCACCAAGACACCCUCUACCGUACCAGCGGUAAACUGCACCAGCAGCUUCCUGUGUGAGAAGGAUGUGUGCAUCAGUAAAGUGAACCCAGAGUGCGAUGGAUUCAUUGACUGCGGCAACGAGGCUGAUGAGGAGAACUGUGACUGCGGGGACAGGCCUGUGAUUGGCUUCCAGAAGAUUGUGGGCGGGGUCAACGCACAGCGAGGGGAGUGGCCAUGGCAGGUCAGCCUGCAGUUCCAGCGCACGCACCUCUGCGGGGCCACGCUGAUCGACAGGAAGUGGCUGCUCACUGCUGCACACUGCUUCGCAAAUAAACUGGCCCCGAGAAGCUGGGCGGCCAGCCUGGGCUCGCUCGCCUCCUCUGGGAAGGGGGGGGUCCGGGUCACCCUGCGGAGGAUCAUCCUUCACCCCCGAUACAACAGCACCAGCAUGGAUCUGGACGUGGCGCUGGUGGAGCUCUCAGUGCCAGCCCCGCCCGACAGCACCAUCCUGCCUGUCUGCCUGCCCUCGCCCUGGCACCGCUUCCCAGAGAGAACCGAGUGCUUCAUCAGCGGCUGGGGCACCACGGAGGAGGGAGGCUCGACAGCCAAGUUGUUACAGACGGCUUCGAUCGAUAUCAUCAGCCAGUCAGAGUGCCGGCAAUCCUACGGCAACGGGCUCACCAGCAACAUGAUCUGCGCUGGCUUCAUGGAGGGGGGCACAGACUCUUGCACGGUAAGGGAGGGGCGCAGGUUUCCAUCUGGAGCCAAUCGGUCUCACGGAACAAAAAAAAAAAGUAAAUAUAGUGUGUGUGUACACAUCAGUAGCGGUUCAAGUCCUUCUUCCCUGCUGUGCUUUGCAGAUGAAAGCCCUGUCCCAAGGCCCAAGGUGUUGUCACAGCUGGAUACAGCACAAGAGGACACUGACAAAGAAUGCUGGAGCCUUCCUGGCCAACGAGAACCAGGCAUUGCAGACAAUGUGGACAGCAGGGACAGCAUGGGCCUCCGGUCACUCGAACCCAAGGAGCAGCUGUCUCAAGAACAACAGCUGCUCUACACUUACAAGGCAGUGCUCCACUGA